AUGGUAUCAUCUCAAAGUGGCUCCAUCACCCUGCACGGCGGUCAGGCGUUCGGGCAUUGGCGGUAUGCACAGCGCGAGUCGCUCGAGGGUGUCGUGAAUACCGGGAGGGCUCGCACUCGCCUGACUGGAUUGUUCCGACUUCUCAUCUUGUACUUCUCCACACCUGGCCAAUGUGGACCGUGCGGUUCGCCCCCACCCGUGUAG